CGGCAAUUGGUUGUCGUUCCUUGUUUCAAAUAUAAAAGCUUCCUUUUUUCUCUCUCCUUCACUCUCUUCAGAUCCUGUUAGAGUUCCUCCACGGCUCUAACCCUAGUUCUUUCUUUCGCUGUUCUCCGCUUUUCAAUCUCCUUUUCGCUCUAUUUUUCCCCUGUUUUCAAUCAUGGCAGGAGUUGCACCCGAAGGUUCUCAGUAUGAUGCUCGUCAGUACGACAACAAAAUGAGUGAAUUGCUUUCCGAGGAAGGAAGCGAUUUCUUCACCUCAUAUGAUGAGGUUUAUGAAAGCUUUGAUAAGAUGGGUUUGAAAGAGAACCUUCUCAGAGGAAUCUAUGCUUAUGGUUUUGAGAAACCUUCUGCAAUUCAACAAAGGGGAAUCGUUCCCUUCUGUAAGGGUCUUGAUGUGAUCCAGCAAGCCCAAUCUGGUACUGGAAAGACCGCCACUUUCUGCUCUGGAAUCCUGGAGCAGCUGGAUUACGAAUUACUGGAAUGCCAAGCUCUUGUGCUUGCUCCUACUAGGGAGCUUGCUCAGCAAAUUGAGAAGGUUAUGAGGGCCCUUGGUGACUAUUUGGGCGUGAAGGUGCAUGCCUGUGUUGGAGGAACCAGUGUUCGUGAGGAUCAAAGAAUCCUUGCUGCUGGGGUACACGUGGUUGUUGGUACCCCCGGUCGUGUCUUUGACAUGUUGCGAAGACAAUCACUUCGUGCCAAUCAAAUUAAGAUGUUUGUUUUGGAUGAAGCUGAUGAAAUGCUUUCUCGUGGUUUCAAGGAUCAGAUUUAUGACAUCUUCCAGCAACUACCACCAAAGAUCCAAGUGGGUGUAUUUUCUGCAACUAUGCCCCCAGAGGCUCUUGAAAUCACCAGGAAGUUCAUGAACAAACCUGUGAGGAUUCUUGUGAAGCGUGAUGAGCUCACUCUUGAGGGUAUCAAGCAGUUUUACGUGAAUGUUGACAAGGAAGACUGGAAGCUUGAUACUCUUUGUGAUCUGUACGAAACCUUGGCGAUUACCCAAAGUGUCAUCUUCGUAAACACCAGGAGGAAGGUCGACUGGUUGACCGACCAGAUGAGAGCCCGUGAUCACACCGUUUCAGCCACUCAUGGAGACAUGGACCAGAACACUAGGGACAUCAUUAUGAGGGAGUUCCGUUCUGGGUCCUCCCGUGUCCUCAUUACCACCGAUCUUCUUGCUCGUGGUAUUGAUGUGCAGCAAGUCUCCCUUGUGAUCAAUUAUGAUUUACCAACUCAACCAGAGAACUACCUGCACAGGAUAGGACGUAGUGGACGAUUCGGAAGGAAGGGUGUUGCCAUCAAUUUUGUGACCAGCGACGAUGACAAGAUGCUCUUUGACAUCCAGAAAUUCUACAAUGUCACAGUUGAGGAGCUUCCUGCUAAUGUCGCCGAUCUUAUCUGAUGACCUGAGGGCUGAUAUUUUGUUUGUGUUUUUAGGGAAGGUGUUUUGUCUGUCCAAUUAGUAAAGAUUCCAUUUGGACAACGUGGUGUUUAUUGGAUGAUAAUUAUUUAUCGGAUGACAGUUCACAGCUAUCAGUUUUAUUACUAUGCGUUUCAUAUUUUCUUCCUUUAUUUGGGAACAUCACUAACCACGCUGUGGGUGUCCCAGCUUAAAUUUUUGUAGGAGACAGUUUAAUGUACUUUUGUAUUUUAGGUUAAGAAGAGUUUUUUUCACCUCUGGGCACAUUUGCUGAUCUUUAUUUUCGCUGGUUUUAGUUUUACUGUCAUCAAUUAUUCGAUU